GGGGCCGCUCUCUGGGCCCGGGCCCCGGAUCAGGGGCUUCCCGCGGGGCACACGUCUGGGUGGAUCCUAGCGUUUUGGAGGGUCUCCCGAGGGUUCGGCGGGGGAUUUCCGGGGUCCCCCUGCUCCCCCUCCCCCCUACAGGUAGCCGACCCUGCACCCGAGGCGUUCAGAGCUCGGGGUGCCGGCCCGGUUCUGGCCGGGUCUCAGACUGGCUCCUUGACCUUCAGUGUAAACUUUCGGGAUCUUGGUUUCUCAUCUGUAAGAUAGAGAAGUGGCCCCCCGCUGUCUCUCGAGGCGUUUCAAAGACGAAUAAACGCCAGCCAGCACGCAGGGACGCCGAGCUCGGCUUCCAGAAUGAUCAGCGGCGCCGAGGAGGGGGAGUAAGCCGCUCCGUGGGCGGUCUGCCAUGGCCUGCGAACCCCACGUGAGCCCUGGCGGGGCGGCCGGCCCACUGCCCACUGCGUUCUCCGGCGGCUGGAACGCCCUGCCUGCAGGCAGCCCUCCUGGCUGGGGCCCAGAGCUGCACAAUGGGCAGGUUCUCACGGUUCUCCGCGUGGACAAUACCUGCGCCCCCAUCUCCUUCGACCUGGCAGCGGCUGAAGAGCAGCUGCAGACCUGGGGGAUUCAGAUCCCGGCCGACCAGUACAGGAGCUUGGCCGAGAGCGCGCUCCUGGAGCCCCAAGUGAGGAGAUACAUCAUCUACAACUCCAGGCCCAUGCGGCUGGCCUUCGCUGUGGUCUUCUACGUAGUGGUGUGGGCCAACAUCUACUCCACCAGCCAGCUGUUCGCCCUGGGCCACCACUGGGUGGGCGUGCUGCUCGUGACCCUGGCCGCCGUGACCCUCACGCUGACUCUCGUGCUCAUCUUUGAGAGGCAGCAAAAGAAGGCCAAUACCAACACCGACCUCAGGCUGGCCGCGGCCAACAGGGCGCUCCUCAGGCACCGGGUGCUGCUGGGCGUGACGGACACCGUGGAAGGCUGCCAGAGCGUUAUUCAGCUCUGGUUCGUCUACUUUGACCUGGAGAACUGUGCGCAGUUUUUAUCUGAUCACGUGCAAGAGAUGAAGACGAGCCGAGAGUCCCUGCUGAGAAGGCGACUGAGCCAGAUAUGUGUUGUCAUGGAGACUGGGGUGAGCCCCGGGAUGGGGGUGGAGGGGCCCGAGGACCUGCUGGAGGACGCGCCUCUCCUGCCCGGCAGCCCGCAUCCCCCGGAGAAGGCGCUCAUGCACACUGAACUUCGGCAGCUCGUGCCCGAGGCGGAGCCGGAGGAAAUGGCUCAGCAGCUGCUGGCGGUGUUCGGCGGCUACUACAUCCGCCUCCUGGUGACCUCGCAGCUCCCCCCGACAGCAGGCCCGAGGCACACAGACUCCCCGACGGUCCCGUGCCCCUGCCAGCUCAUAGAAGCCCACGUCCUGGGCACGGGGUGCUGCCCGUUCCUGGCCAGGUGACCGCGGGACAGACGGCAGUGCAGGUGAGCGUCGGGGCGAGCUCACAUGGCUUCAUAAGGAAACAUCCGGGUCGUGCUCGGGGGCGUCGGGCACCCCACAGCCAGCGGGGAGAGUCGGGGUGUCGUGCCUCUCCUGGACCCUGCGGGGAAACAGAACAGCUUGUCAACCGCCCGCACUGACCCUUGGCCUGUCUGGAAGGGGAAAUCCCUGAGUGGACCUUCCUCGGGGCAGGAUGGAACGGCUGUACCCACACCUUUGGCUGUCUGGAGAGCCCAGGGCCUGCGAAGACGACCAGAGGAGGGGCCGACCUGGUGUCCACUCUCGUAGUCUCAGGGGAUGCUCCCAUCCCCCGCACCUUUGUGCCGGGUGGGGAAACUGAGGCUCAGAGAGGACGCUGCCUGGGGCCUCUCAGAUGGUAUGACCGCCUGCCUGGCCCAAGUCUGAGGAACAGUCGUGCUUGGAAUGUUCUCCCGUGCUCAGUGCCUCUUCCCGUCUGGUGUUUCAGCCCAGUGGCCCCCGUACCUGCUGUGCGCGAGUCACACUGGACAAACCUUCCACAGCGGCACCGGAUGGAACCCGUCCGACUCCAGGGCCUGUUUCUCUCGUUGGCGGGAGCGCGGGUGGCGGUGGUUGUGGCUGCACAGGUGGAGUGUCCACGCUGCUUUCUGAUGGCCACCCUGUCCCCAGUGAACCCUGGUUCACCAGGAAGAGCUGCGAGGCGCCGGCUUCUGUGCUGCCGGGCGUGUGGGACGCCCCAGGCCACAGACCCUUCACGGGGCGGCCGGAGUCGUUUCUCUGGGCUGGAGCGUCACGUGCUCUCCACGUAGGAGGCCCCCGUUGGAUGCUGAGCACUGCCCCUCGUGGCCCCCUCGUCAAACCCGCUCUGCAGUGGAAGGACCCCCAGCCUCUGAGACGUGGUCUUCACCCUUCACCUGCAGUGUAGACUUCACCCCCCCACCAAAACUCCUUCAUAAAGGGGAACUCCUGCCCAGCCGUCCCUAAUCUUUUCCCGUCAGUGGGACUCCGAGGCUUGCUUCAGAACCCGGAACCCGUCUUUCCUUAGCCUUCCUGCAGGAAGCCUUUCAACAUAGCCGGCCUGCCGCUUUCCGCCUCCUCUGAGUUCUUGAUGGAGCCCUGAAUGAUGUUUAAUGCCCUUUAAAAAAAUUCCUGCGCAUGUGCCCAUUUUUCUAGCUGGGUUCGCUGUUCUCAAGGUCGAAGACAGUACAUUAUGUUUAUUUUGUGCAUGGCCCUGAUCUGGUAUUGAGAAAACAAAACCAUGUGGAUCGAUUGCUUUGCCAUCUCCGCGAGAGAACUAGAGUUUGCCAGGUGCUGUUUGCCUAAAGAUGAGGCUGCCAGAGAACUGGGUUCUGGUCCUGAUCUGCCCCUUUCCCCUAUGUGACUUUGGGCUGGUUCUGUUUACCCAGUUACACUGUAACUUGAUUAGAUUAGAUGAUGGAUGCUUCUUAGUGGCGCCUUUAAAACCAAAGUUUUAGAACUUUCCAGCUCUUUCUUUCCCUUUUUUUUUAAAGGGGGGUGGGUCAUACCCAGUGAUACUCAGAGGUUGGUCCUGGCUCUGCACUCAGGAAUUAUUCCUGGUGGUGCUUCAGGGACCGUAUGGGCUGCCGGGGAUUGAACCUGGGUUGGCUGCGUGCAAGGCAAGCACCUUAACCACUGUACUGUGUAUCUCUAGCCUCCUUUCUAGCUUUUUCUGUACCAUUCUGUCCCUUGGUCUGCUUGUCUGGUAAGCCUUUAUUCACAGGGGCCCCAGAAGAGAUGAGUCUUUGGACGGACCUGCUGGCAGGAGAGACGGUUCUCAUCCCAGACCUGCUUCCACCGUGGGACCUGGGAGGUCGCUGACCCCUCCCCCAGCGUCAGCUCUCUGCUCUGAAAAACCACGGCUAUUUUUCAGAAACCUCGUGCUCUGAAUCUGGUGAACACGAGCUAUAAGAACGCAACCAUGAUUGCACACAAAACGGGAGUGAUGAGGCUGCACUUUCUGUUUUCUCUGGGCUGGAGGAGAAAGUCUUCAGACUGCCCUGGGACAUGGCUGUCUCGGGCUUAUCUCUUGAGCCAGCCCGAGAGCAUCUUUGCUCAGUGAGAAUUAUUCAGGUGGUCCCUACCUUUCUCUCCUGCCCGAGGAAAGGGGGCGAAGAAUGAGGGGUAUGUUUAUCUCCAGUGGGUAAACCCAGCGAGGGGAAUAAACUUGUGUGUACUACAAAGUGGUUUAUCAAUGAAUGGUUUGUUUGUUUUUUGGAUCACACCCGGUGAUGCUCAGGGGUUACUCCUGGCUCUGCACUCAGAAAUUACUCCUGAUGGUGCUCAGGGGACCAUAUGGGAUGCUGGGAAUCGAUCCCGGCUUGGCCGCAUGCAAGGCAAAUGUCCUACCCACUGUGCUAUCGCUCCAGCCCCUCUCAAUGAAUGGUUUAUGGUUUGCUUUUGGCUACUCGGAGCUUCGUCCUGGCUCUGCACUCAGGGAUCACUCCUGGUGGUACUUGGGGGACCAUCUGGGGUGCGGGGGACGGACCCCAGCUCGCCUGUGUGCAAGGCGACUUACAGAGGCCCUAGACUAACCUGCUGGACUGUACUAUCUCUCCAGCCCCCGGUUUCUCACUGUCAAAGGCUCCUCACAGAGCCCGGGAGGGGUUCUCACCUUUUUCUCUUUAGACUUUUCAGGGCCUCCCUCGGGUCUGGGCAAAGGGCACUCAGGGUGUGCACCCUGUCUCUAGUUGGCACCCAUGCCGCCGUGUCCUCUUCAGAAGGGCCCUGUGAUCUCUGCUGUGUGGGCUUCCCAGGGGUGAAUCAUCAGAGCUCCACGUUCUCAGGCGCUGCGCUAAUGACAGGCCUGGCUAAACGGCAGCCCGGCCAGGUCCCAGAGUGAGGAGUUGGGGGCAGAGAACCCGGAGCUUGGCCUCUCAUGCUUCCGCAUCCUGGUCCUGCCACCCCAGCUUGGGGGUUGCAGCCGCCUCGUUUUUGGCUCUCCUGGCCCGUCUGUGGGACUGGAAAAACAACCUCUCUGGCAGGUGGUUGGUUGUAGGAUGGGACACUCUCUUCCCAAUGUCAAGGGCUGGCUGGCACACAAACUGUGCAGUGCUUGAGUUUCAGGCCUGACUCAGAGCUCAAUAAACCACGGCUAUUUUU